CCUCCCCCGCCGCGGCGGAUGAAAACAAGCGGCCGGGAUGGCGGCGCGGCGCGGGCCGCGGCUCUGAGGCGGCGAGGAGCCCCGCCGCCACCGCCUCUCCCCACGGGGGCCGGGCCGGAGGCAGCGGCCGGGGCCGGGCGCAGGGAGCGGCGCUGAGGAGCGGGGGCCCCGCGGGAUGAGCCGCCGGCACCGCCGCCCCCGCGCAGAUUGCCAUAUGCAAUGGACACUGAUCUCAGUUCCCAGGACAGGAAGGACCUGGACAAGUUCAUCAAGUUUUUUGCUCUAAAGACGGUACAAGUAAUUGUCCAGGCCCGACUUGGAGAGAAGAUCUGUACCCGAUCAUCAUCCUCCCCAACAGGCUCUGACUGGUUCAAUUUGGCCAUCAAAGAUAUACCAGAGGUUACUCAUGAAGCAAAGAAAGCCUUGGCAGGACAGCUGCCCGCUGUUGGACGGUCUAUGUGCGUGGAGAUUUCUCUCAAAACCUCAGAGGGGGAUUCCAUGGAGCUAGAAAUUUGGUGUCUAGAAAUGAAUGAAAAGUGUGACAAAGAAAUCAAAGUUUCAUACACCGUAUACAACAGGCUGUCUCUACUACUGAAGUCUUUGCUAGCUAUAACCAGGGUAACUCCAGCCUACAGGCUCUCAAGGAAACAAGGCCAUGAAUAUGUGAUACUGUACAGGAUAUAUUUUGGUGAAGUGCAACUGAGCGGCUUGGGAGAAGGUUUCCAAACAGUUCGUGUUGGGACAGUGGGUACCCCAGUUGGCACCAUCACUUUGUCUUGUGCCUACAGAAUCAACCUUGCUUUCAUGUCAACCAGGCAGUUUGAGAGGACCCCUCCUAUCAUGGGGAUUAUCAUUGAUCACUUUGUGGACCGUCCCUAUCCCAGCUCUUCGCCCAUGCACCCCUGCAAUUACAGAGCUGGUGAGGACAACGGUGCGGUAUACCCCUCAGUAGAAGAUUCCCAAGAAGUGUGUACCACAUCAUUCUCCACCUCUCCUCCAUCUCAGUUGAUUGGUCCAGGCAAAGAGGGGGGAGUUCCCCCAGUUCCUAGCCAGCCAGCACAUGGCACCCAAGCUGACCAAGAGCGGAUGUGCACCCCGCUAGAUGGAGUCCACUACUCAGCAGCUACUCCUUCCAGUAGUGAGGACACAGAAACAGUAUCAAACAGCAGCGAAGGGAAGUGUGGCUCCCCACAUGACCUUUUGGAGACCAUCUUUAUCCGGAAAGUGGGAGCUUUUGUCAACAAACCCAUUAACCAGGUGACCAUGGCCAACUUAGACAUUCCUUUUGCCAUGUUUGCUCCCAAGAAUGUUGAGCUGGAAGAUAACGACCCCAUGGUCAAUCCUCCUGACUCCCCAGAAACUGAAUCUCCUCUACAAGGCAGCUUACACUCAGAGGGCUCCAGUGGCAGCAGCACAGGGAACACCCAUGAUGACUUUGUUAUGAUUGACUUUAAACCAGCAUUUUCAAAAGACGACAUCCUUCCAAUGGACCUGGGGACAUUUUACCGUGAGUUUCAGAACCCCCCUCAACUCAGCAGCCUCUCCAUUGACAUAGGAGCUCAGUCCAUGGCAGAGGAUUUGGACUCAUUACCAGAGAAGUUGGCGGUCCAUGAGAAAAAUGUCAAAGAGUUUGAUGCCUUUGUAGAAACCUUGCAGUGAAGGUAUUUUCCAGUUUUACUGCAGCACUUUGUCUUCGAGGCAUCCUGGAGAACAAUGUCAACAGAUAUCUGUAUCACCCCUGUUCUGCCUUUUGUCUCACUUUGACUAUUUCCUUCCAUCAAGUGAGCUUUCUUUGAUUGCUCUUUCAACAGCUCACCUGCUGGUUUUCCUCCGCUACUCCACUGCAUAGUUAUGGACCGCUCUUCCUGUUCACGUUCAGUUUUGAAUUUAUGACCAGUAGGUACACAGGAAGUUAAACUCCAAUGUAUGAAACUCAUUUUCUCUUCGGUCUGUUCUGUGUGGAGGGGCUUUGUGAACAGUUUCCAUAUGUUUCCUCCAAAGAUCCCAUGGUAUAAGUUCCCUCGACCUAGUUUCUUGCUAACAGACUGUUUUUUCCUACAGUCUUCGAUCCUGUUAGAGCAUAGAAAGCUUUGGCUCACUUCCAAGGUCUGCGAGUUCAGCAGAUCAGCAGUUUUAAGUCCAGGACAUCCAUUCCGCAGAACGGGGCAUUUCGGCCUGACUUCAGUGUGAGCGCUUGGAGCCCAGGGAGAGACGUCGGCUUUGGGACCUGCGUAACGCAAGUUACCUUUGUUUUCCUGCUUCUAAGGAACUGGGUCUCUACACAGUCGUUUUGUGAGGCCUUCUGUUAUGCUCGCUGAUAAGCAGGAGUGGAACUACAGAAGUGCUUUCCACAUUUCCUUCCUGAGUGUACUGACACUCGGCCAUGCUGAGUUUACCAGUGUUGACUGUGUUGGCAAGCCUGCACGUAGCAGCUGUGAUGAUGCUGAAUUCAUAGUCUCUGCUUUUGAAAUGUAACUGUAAAUACUAGGAAUCCUAUUUCUUUAGGGUUAAUGUAAUUAGGAGUCUUAGUCCAAGAUUCUUUCCUCUAACCCGUGCAAACUUUUCUGCUUUAUGGUUAAUAGAUGAUCUUAAUCAAGAAAUAUUUAUUGCUUUUAAAGAAACCUAUAUUUAAAAGAUGUUGUUUUCAUGUAGUAGUGCGGGUCAUUCUGCCCUGGAUCACUGCAGAACAGCAUGUGUGCCAUGGAACCCUGUCCCGUGAGUCUCCUUUUGCAGGAAAAUAUCCAAGAUAUUUAUUUUCUAAGACAGACUUGAUUAAUAUAAUACUCUGUUUUGGGGACUAUGUUUCCAUUACACCCAGUCAGGGCCCACUGAUACAACGAAAUGCACACAUCAGUGUAGUGGAGUGGUGGGGACUUAGGUUAAAAAGCUGUAUUCUGAUAGGUAUGGAUGAAUUUGCAGCAUUCUUCAGCCAUUCAGAAGGCAGCUUCUAUAAAGAAGCACAUUUUUGGGAGCUUAUGGUACUUUUUAAUCAGCUGGCUUUCGAUGAGCUGAAAUUUUUAUUUUUGUAAUGAGCUGGCUAUUAGCAGUUGUGACUGGCUGGCAGCACUCGGGUUGAUUUGGCUGUUGUGUGUCUUUUGUCUGACAUGAGGAGGAGAAGAGAAACAGUGACACUAAGCAGAAACUUAGAUAAGGUAGGUCUUCUCGUGGUUCUCUUUCCUCCUCCCAUGUGUAACAAGCAAGCAAUUGCAAGACCCCUUACUUUCCUAAUCUAUGUUUGUUUGUUUUUUCCCUUUCUCCAGAAGUGAAGUUGUUCUGUCAGUACUGAGGAACCAUCUUAGUUUCCCUAGAGUGGUUAAGCAACCAGCCUUCAAGUUAGUGUGAUGUGGCAGCUUCUUCAACUUUGCUGCAUUCUUAAUUGACAGAGAUGAUUGCUGGCAGGUGACAGGGGGAAGCCCAUCUCCUCUCUAGAACACUAAUUCUGUGCCCCUGGUAGAGCAAGGAACCAAGUUCAGAGUAGAGCUUAUUGUAAGGUCAGAUCAACGCAGUGCUUAAACUUCAUUGGCUUUUGUGUUAAGUGAUGUGUUCCUUCACAUGAAGGUUGUGUGAGUUCUAGAAGUCCAGAUAAGAGCUGUACUGAAGGAGAAUUACCCACCCCGACUUACCCAGCUUACUCAACCAAUCCAACUUUUCAGUAGCCUCACAAAAGUAGACGCACAGACAUCUUAAAGUUUCUAAAUGGCUUAGUAGAGGACUUAAGUUACAUGGGAUUUAACAAAUACUUGAUCCCCACAGCCAGAGCCACCUUGUUUUACAGGUAGAAGAGGUAUCAGAAGAGUGCAGAACAUAAGGAACGAGGGUAUCGCCUGGUUCUCAGCUCUGCUCAGGAAGCUGGUCUCCAUCACCUUGUAGGGGUGGUCGCUGUCACCUUUCCCUUAACUUACAGGCAGCUUGAGCUGAGCUGCAAAGCAGCAGAGAGGGGGAAAAGUGCUGGUUCACGCUGUAUUCAGGGAGAAGCCUAGCACAGAUUGAACUUCAUCUAGCCAGUGCUACUGCUGUCCUCUCGUCACAAUGAAAAGCUAGGGAGGUGGCAGAAGGCAUGCCAUUGUGCUAAUCCUGCCCAGGAGGUCCCCUGAGCCACAUACUUGCCCUCGUUUGCUGCAGUUCCUAACAUGGCUACAGCUCCCCCAUCUCGUUAGGCAGCACUUCAGUGGGGCAGUUCUUUUCUACUUCAGCAGGCUGGACAUUUGCCUAUAUAAGCUGCUAGUGUUGAGCUGGAUGGCCACAGCAAUAAAGAGAUGCUCUAGGGCUGAGUUAUGUGCCUCUUUUCUGGACAUUCCUCAGCUUCAACACAUAGUUGCUACAUCUAGGUAGGCUCUGAGUUCUCUGACCACUGUGUAAGUGCUCUGCUUCAAGAAAGAGCUAGAUGCUGCUGCAGCCUGCCACAGCUUAUGUUAUGGGGGCUGUUUAUUUUUGCAGAUGUCUGCUCAGUUCUGUGUUAAAGACAGCAUGUGUGUAGCUGCUGCUUUACAGAUACUUUGGGUGAAGGGGAAGGCUCCUAAAUUGUAUUGUUUUGGAAACAGUCUCCAAUGUACUUCAAGUAUUCAAAGAAUUUCCAAUAAAACUUUUAUGUAAGCAAUGGA